AUGUUCCAGUCUUCGGUGCCCAAGUUUAUUAUUUUCCGAGUCCGGUGCACUUUCGACAUUCAACUUAUGUCAGCGACCCAGGCAUUAUCCAUAAUGACGAUGAACUUCAGAUCGUCCAAACUUCUUCCUCGGCGUAGGUAUCAAUUCGAUGCUUCAUUGAAUGAGCGCGCACGUGGAUCUGCAGUAAUUAGUUGUACUGGACCCCCAGUGGACUAUCACUCGAUACCUACAACUGUAGGUAUGGCACCCCCCACUCGAUCCCAACUCCUCGACACCAGCACCAGAUUCAUCCACGCCUACAACGCCUGGACGACCGAGUCCAUUCUAUCAGUCCGCAGUCCACGCUGUAUUCACCGCACACUCCCCGCCUCGCGAGGGAGACGGCCCAAAACCAACGACGAGUUCAGACAAUUCAUUGAACCGCUCUUACCCGUCUACCGAGGUUUUAGGUUGAGUUUUGUCAAUGACGACUCCGACUCCGACUCGGACAACUCGGAGACCGUGGUGGAUGUCGAGAAGCGCAAAGUGGUAUUGCAUUUGAAAAGCCACGCGGACACGGAUGCGGGCCCUUAUGAGAACGAGUACUAUUUCGUCUUGUCGAUGAAUGAGGCUGGGGAUCUCGUGGAUGAGGUGGUUGAGUAUUUGGAUAGCGGGUAUACUGACGCUUUUAUGCGGCGGCUUGAGAAAUGUCAAGAUGAGGCCUGA